AUGGUGCUUACGGUUCUCCUCUUGGUGCUCCUGGCCGGCCUCGCUGGCUCGAGCCCUCCGCCGGAGCCUGUGGUCUGUGCCCGCGGCACGGCCGACUGCACUGUCUCCAACGCGUUCGGCUCCUUCCUGGACCGCACCGUCUGCCGCGCGGCCAACGCCACCUUCCCGCGCACCGAGAAGGAGCUGGUCGCGGCCGUGGCAGCCGCGUCGGCGGCCAAGCGCAAGGUGAAGGUGGCCACCAAGCACUCCCACAGCUUCCCCAAGCUGGCCUGCCCCGGCGGCAGCGAUGGCACCAUCAUAAGCACGGAGCGGCUCAACCGGGUGGUAAGCGUCGACGUCGCCAAGGGGCUUAUGACGGUGGAGAGCGGCAUGGUGCUCCGGGACCUCAUCCAGGCGGCCGCCGCGAAAGGGCUCGCGCUGCCGCACUCGCCGUACUGGUCAGGGCUCACCAUAGGAGGCCUGCUGGCCACGGGCGCGCACGGCAGCUCGCUGUGGGGAAAGGGCGGCGCCGUGCACGAGUACGUGGUCGGGAUGAGGAUCGUCACGCCAGCGCCGGCCAGCCAAGGGUUCGCGGUGGUACGGGAGCUCUGCGCCGACCAUCCUGACCUCAACGCCGCCAAGGUCUCCCUUGGCGUCCUUGGCGUCGUUUCCCAGGUUACAUUGGCAUUGCAGCCGAUGUUCAAGCGGUCGGUGACAUUUGUGACACGUGAUGACUCAGACAUGGCGGAAAAGGCGGCCAGGUGGGGCGACCUCCACGAAUUCGGCGACAUGGCGUGGCUACCACAGCUCCGCAAGGUCAUUUACCGCGAGGAUGACCGUGUGGCCAUCAAGACGGUGGGCGACGGCCUCAAUGACCACCUAGGAUUCCGCUCCAACCCGACGGCCCCGCUCAUUAGCGGCAGAGUCACAAUGGAGCUUCUCGAGAAGAACAUCAAUGCCAUCGCCCGGUGCAAGGCGGCAAAUGCGACGGUAUCGCUAUUCGAGACAGUAGCAUACGGUUUCACCAACAACGGUAGCAUGUUCACUGGGUACCCAGUGGUGGGCUUCCAGCACCAGAUCCAAGCAUCUGGCGCAUGUCUUGGUAGCCAAGAAGAUGCACUCCUCACCUCAUGCGCAUGGGACCCACGCAUCCGGGGAACCUUCUUCUACACCAAUGGCUAUAGCAUCGCGCUCUCUAGGGUACCAGCGUUCAUCGCCGACAUGCAACAGCUACGUGACCGUAGCCCGCUAUCCUUUUGUGGAAUCGACGCCAGUGUGGGUAUGCUCCUCCGCUACGUCAAGGCAUCCUCUGCCUACCUCGGCAAACCAGAGGACUCAAUCGACUUCGAUAUAUCCUACUACCGGAGUUACAGCAAGGGCGAGCCCAACCCGCACUAUGACGUGCUCGACGAGCUCCAGCAGAUGGCGCUGCACAAGUACAGCGCUAUCCCGCACUGGGGCAAGAACCGCAACUUUGCCUUUGAAGGCACAAUGGCCAAGCACCCCAAGGCAGACAAGUUCCUGGAGGUGAAGCAGAGGUAUGACCCUGAUGGGAUCUUCUCUAGUGAGUGGAGCGACCAGGUUCUCGGUAUCAAUGGGAGCCCGGCCAUCUUCGAGAAGCAUUGCGCCAUCGAGGGGAUGUGCAUCUGCUCAGAUGACUCACACUGUGCACCAGAGGAGGGCUACUACUGCCUCCCAGGGAAGGUGUACACGGACGCGAGGGUCUGCUCGUUCCAACCCGCUUUCUGAUGUGUUUAGAAGGAUACUUUUGUGAACAUGAUGUUUUCCCUUUCCUGGUUCAUUGUGGCAUGUGGUGACAAAAAUAAAUCUUGUCCAAUGUGAAGUUGCUUCUUCACCAGGACGGAUGUUGGUUGGUUUGAUACAAUAGUGUUUUCCAUUUUGGUUUAUGUUUUGUUGUAACUCUGUUAUGUUAUCCUUCGAUGCAAUCCUGAUCCCAAGUUAA